GAGCUCAUCUCUUAACUCUCACCGAGGCAUGGGUGGAGAAGAGUUAAGAAUGGAGCUUUCAGAGAUGGGAACUAGUUUAAGGAGCAGCUCUUCUUCAAGUAAUCAUGAGUGUGAGGAUGAGGCAGAGCAUGCUCUUCAAUGGGCUGAGAUCCAGAGAUUACCCACUUUCAAACGGCUGAGAUCAUCUUUGGUCGAUGAAGAAGGCGAAGGUGUGGAGAAAGGGAAAAGGGUGGCUGAUGUCACCAAGCUUGGAGCCAUGGAACGUCAUCUGAUGAUUGAGAAGCUGAUCAAACACAUUGAGAAUGAUAAUCUUAAGCUGCUCAAGAAGAUUAGAAAAAGAAUAGACAGGGUUGGUGUGGAGUUUCCAAGGAUAGAGGUGAGGUAUGAGCAUCUAUGUGUUGAAGCAGAGUGCGAGGUCGUUGAAGGGAAGGCGCUUCCUACUUUAUGGAACACCUUGAAGCGUGUUUUUUUGGGUGUGGUGAAGCUGGGUGGUGUAAUAACACGUGAAGCUAAGAUAAGCAUACUUAACGAUGUUAACGGCAUCAUUAACCCGGGAAGGUUAACUCUGCUGCUUGGUCCUCCUGGUUGUGGGAAGACUACUCUGCUCAAGGCCUUGUCUGGAAACUUGGACAAGAAUCUAAAGCGUUCUGGUGAAAUUUCCUACAAUGGACAAGGACUUGACGAGUUUGUUCCUCAAAAGACAUCAGCGUACAUAAGUCAACAAGAUUUGCACAUUGCAGAGAUGACAGUGAGGGAGACAAUAGACUUUUCAGCUCGUUGUCAAGGUGUCGGUGGCCGAACAGAUAUUAUGAUGGAGGUCAGUAAAAGAGAAAAAGAUGGUGGAAUCAUUCCUGACCCUCAAGUAGAUGCUUACAUGAAGGCAAUAUCGGUUAAAGGACUUAAAACAAGUCUGCAAACAGAUUACAUCUUGAAGGUCCUAGGGCUUGACAUUUGUGCAGAAACAUUGGUUGGGAAUGCGAUGAAAAGAGGCAUAUCCGGGGGUCAAAAGAAGCGUCUCACCACAGCUGAGAUGAUCGUUGGUCCAACAAAAGCUCUCUUCAUGGAUGAGAUUACAAACGGCUUAGACAGUUCCACUGCGUUUCAGAUAGUCAACUCUCUUCAGCAACUAGCUCACAUUACAGACGCAACAGUGCUUGUUUCCCUUCUUCAACCUGCUCCUGAAUCUUACAACCUCUUUGAUGAUAUUGUGCUUAUGGCUCAAGGAAAAAUAGUAUAUCACGGUCCACGUGAAAAGGUCUUAAACUUUUUUGAGGAAUGUGGAUUUAGAUGCCCAGAAAGGAAAGGUGUUGCAGACUUUCUACAAGAGGUUAUAUCUAAAAAGGACCAAAGACAGUACUGGAUUCACAAGGACUUACCUUAUAGGUUUGUCUCAGUAGAUACAUUCUCAAAGAGAUUCAAAGACUUAGAGAUUGGGAGAAAGCUUGAGGAAGCUUUGUCUAAGCCAUAUGAUAAAUCAAAACCACACAAGGAUGCUCUUUACUCCAAUGCGUAUUCACUUCCAAAAUGGGAGCUGUUUAGAGCAUGCAUCUCAAGAGAGUUUCUUCUCAUGAAGAGAAACUACUUCGUCUAUCUCUUCAAGACGUUUCAGCUUGUUCUGUCUGCAAUCAUCACUAUGACUGUGUUUAUACGAACAAGAAUGGGAAUAGACAUUGUUCAUGGAAACUCUUACAUGAGUUGUCUGUUUUUUGGAACCGUUGUACUUAUGAUUGAUGGUAUUCCAGAGAUCUCUAUGACUGUUCAACGCCUUGCCGUGUUUUACAAGCAAAAACAACUCUGUUUCUAUCCAGCUUGGGCUUAUGCAAUUCCAGCAACAGUGUUGAAGGUCCCUCUCUCAUUCCUUGAAUCUUUUGUCUGGACUUGCCUCACUUAUUAUGUCAUUGGAUACACUCCUGAAGUCUCCAGGUUCUUCCGGCAAUUCAUGAUGCUCUUUGCUGUUCACUUCACAUCGAUAUCGAUGUUUCGGUGUAUAGCUUCAAUAUUUCAGACAGGAGUUGCAUCAAUGGCAGCUGGUAGUUUUGCCAUAUUAGCCACUUUUGUCUUUGCUGGUUUUGCCAUUCCAUACACUGAUAUGCCAGGGUGGUUGAAGUGGGGCUUUUGGGUGAAUCCUAUAAGCUAUGCUGAGAUUGGACUCUCUGUAAAUGAGUUUCUUGCUCCAAGAUGGCAGCAAAUGCAACCUACAAAUGUUACAUUAGGGAGAACAAUACUAGAAAGCAGAGGACUGAACUAUGAUGAUUACAUGUAUUGGGUCUCAUUAGGUGCCUUGCUGGGUCAGACCAUUAUCUUCAACAUCAUUUUCACUCUAGCUUUAAGUUUCUUCAAGUCUCCCACAUCAUCUCGUGCAAUGAUUUCUAAAGAGAAGCUACUUGAGCUGCAAGGAACAAAAGAUUCAUCAGCGAAGCAGAACAAGUUAACAGAGACAAACGAGGAUUCAGGGAAGAUGGUGUUACCUUUUAAGCCACUCACAAUAACGUUUCAAGACUUGAACUACUACGUCGACGUUCCUGUGAUGAGAGGUCAAGGCUACACCGAGAAGAAACUGCAGCUUCUCUCAGACAUCACCGGAGCUUUCAGGCCCGGCGUUCUAACGGCUUUGAUGGGAAUCAGUGGAGCCGGAAAAACCACUCUACUAGACGUUCUCGCCGGGAGAAAAACAAGCGGUUACAUUGAAGGAGACAUCAGAAUCAGUGGAUACCGUAAGGCCCAAGAAACGUUCGCAAGAGUCUCAGGCUACUGCGAGCAAACUGAUAUACACUCACCAAACAUAACAGUCGAAGAGUCACUCAUUUACUCAGCUUGGCUCCGUCUAGUUCCAGAAAUAGAUCCUGAAACCAAAAUA